AUGAUAAUUCUGGAUGGCAAAGUCCAUUUCAACAGUCGUCGUGGCCACAGGAGAAUUACCCAACUGCUGAUAAUAGCUACAGUCAGAAUUCUGGUUACGGUAACAUGGAGGUGGAGAAGAUGCCGAGUUCAGGAUAUACGGGUUAUCAGUAUCCGAGCUCCACUUAUCAGUUCACCUCCUUCAUGUAAGAGUUAUACCGGCAAAUUCCUACGUGUCUCACAAUCAGGAGCCGAUUACGGUAGCACCAGUCAACAAAGCUACAAUUACGGUAACUACGCUGGCACAGGCAGUCAGACAAGCUACGCAGGGUCUAGCAAUCAGGUCCCCUCGUACACAGGCUCAACCUACGGAAUACAACCAGGUUCAGGAUCAACUACAGUGGCGACAACGGUUAUUUCCAACAGGAAAACUAUGGCAACAACAACGCCUGGAACCAAUACGGCUCACCGGAUUCCAGUCGCUAUCAGUCAACUUACGCACCAUCCUGGCAGUAUGGCAGCACCGUCUUGGCAGUAUGGCAGCUCCGACGUCCAGAACGGUGGCCACGAUUAUUAUAAACCCUCUCAGGAGUACGGUUAUGCGCAAAAUUAUGGUAACACCGGUUAUCAGACUGAUAGUUACAGUCCAAUGCAGACAUCGGGUGGCUACGGUGGCGCAUAUGGAACGAAUUAUGGCUACCAAGAUGGUGGUAAUCAGGGUAACUAUGCGAAUUAUGGAGGAGGACCUCAGGUGGAAUUCACGAUGAACGUCGGAUACGGUAGCAGCAGGGCUUCUAAAGGGGUCAAAGCCAAGCCAUCGCUUACCAAUAAUAUCGCACCAAACAGCCUUGAUGAGGACGGCUACAGAACCAAAAUCAAGUAG